AUGGAAAUGACCGAUCAAAGCAUUCAAAUUCAAUUGCUCGCCGAGCGAUUUCAACGCUUCGUACUAGAUUGCGAACUCAAGCAAUCGUCAAACGCUCCUCCCUCAGACAAUGCUGAAUCGAAGGAAAUAAACGAAAACUCCGAUUCGAUGGAUGAAUUCAGCAUUUCUAAUGGAAUCCAUGAGAAUUCUCCGGAUUUAGGUCAUACGCUUCCGAUCUUGAAGAAAAUACUUGAUCUGAGUACCAAAGUUCAGGAUUUGAAGAAGCAGCACGUAGCAUUAACCGAUCACGUGAAAUUUACAACUGAGUCGUUUUCAGGCCUUGAUAUUUUGAACUCUAUUCAGCUUCUCGGUACUGAAUACGAACUCUUGAAAAAGAAGUAUCUGGAUGAAUCUUCUGAGCGAAAGCGGCUUUAUAAUGAAAUAAUAGAAAUUAAGGGUAAUAUCAGGGUUUUCUGCAGAUGCAGACCUUUAAGUGCAAGUGAAACUGGGAACGGGUAUACAUCUGUUGUCAAUUUUGAAUCGACUCUUGACAAUGAGCUUCAAGUCAUUAACUCAGAUUCUUCCAAGAAGUCAUUUAAAUUUGAUCAUGUCUUUAAGCCUGAAGAUAACCAAGAGGCUGUUUUUUCGCAAACUAAACCUAUUGCUAUAUCAGUAUUGGAUGGUUUUAAUGUCUGUAUAUUUGCUUACGGACAAACCGGAACUGGUAAAACAUUUACAAUGGAGGGAACACCUGAAGAGAGGGGAGUUAACUACCGAACACUUGAAGAAUUAUUUAAGAUAUAUGAAGAGAGAAAGGGUGUAAUGAAGUAUCAGUUGCAUGUUAGUAUGCUGGAGGUCUAUAAUGAGAAGUUAAAAGAUCUUUUGGUGGAAAAUUCUGCCCAGCCGAAGAAAUUGGAGAUAAAGCAAUCUGCAGAAGGAACACAAGAAGUUCCAGGACUUGUUGAAACUCAGGUGCAUGGAACAGAUGAUGUGUGGGAAUUGCUCAAGACUGGAAACAGAGUCAGAUCUGUUGGAUCCACUUCUGCUAAUGAGCAGAGCAGCCGAUCUCAUUGCUUGUUGCGAGUAACUGUUGUUGGGGAGAGUUUAAUUAAUGGCCAGAAAACAAGGAGUCACCUUUGGCUAGUAGACUUAGCAGGUAGUGAGCGUGUGGGAAAAACCGAAGCUGAGGGAGAAAGACUGAAGGAAUCACAAUUCAUUAACAAGUCUCUUUCGGCACUUGGUGAUGUUAUUUCUGCACUUGCUUCCAAAGCAGCCCACAUCCCUUAUAGAAACUCAAAGCUUACUCACAUACUGCAGAGCUCUUUAGGAGGAGAUUGUAAAACCUUAAUGUUGGUCCAAGUUAGUCCAAGCUCAGCAGACUUAGGAGAGACACUAUGUUCGCUGAAUUUCGCCACUCGUGUCCGUGGAAUCGAGAGUGGCCCUGCUCGCAAACAAGUAGACCUCAGCGAUCUGUUUAAGAACAAGCAAAUGGCAGAAAAGGCCAAACAUGACGAGAAGGAAAUAAAGAAACUACAGGAGAGCCUGCAAUCCUUGCAAAUCCGAUUUUCUACGAAAGAAUUUACUUGUAAAAGCCUUCAGGAAAAGGUACGGGACCUUGAGAAUCAGCUAGCUGAAGAAAGAAAAACUAGACUAAAGCAAGAAAAUAGAUCACUUGCUGCUGUUUCAGCUCAACCACCUACGUUUUUUAAACAAACAACCGUGACAGAUAAAAGACCACCACUGAUUCCUUCAAACUCUAGAAUGCCCCUCGGAAGGAUAACAAAUUUCAUCCCUUUCCCAUCUCCUAAAAGAUCAACGAGAUACACGAGCAUUCAUCAAAUGAAUGGAAAGGAAAAUUCUACCAGAAGAAAUUCAGCGACAGCAGAUACUGAAGGCUUUGCAAGACCAAGAAGCAGGGCAUCCAUUGCCAUGAGACCACCUGUACAAUCAACAACGCAGAUUCUUAAACCAAGGAGGCGAGUCUCCAUUGCUACACUCCGUCCUGAUCCAACAUCUGAAAUGACUACUGGAGGAAGCAGCGUAUCAACAAAGCAGAUCCUCAAGCCAAGGAGGCGAGUCUCUAUUGCUACACUCCGUCCUGAUCCAACAUCUGAAGUGGUGACUACCGGGGGAAGCAGUGUAUCAACAAAGCAGAUCCUUAAGCCAAAGAGGCGAGUCUCCAUUGCUACACUCGGUCCGGAUCCAGUGUCUGAAAUGACUACCGGGGGAAGCAGUGCAUCAACAAUGAGGAGCCAAAGGGGUCGGUAUUCAAAUUUGUUCGUCCCAUUGACUGCAACGAGAACAUCAGUUGAUACAACACCUAUACAACCUGUUAGAUGCAGAAGUAAGUUUAUAGGCAGUCCAUUACAUGCUCAGGCCCCAAUACCUGUUAGAGGCAGCAGCAGCAAGUUUAUGGGCAGUCCAGUACAUGCUGGGGUAGGUUCACGUCUGGGCAAGUUCACGUCUGCAUUUGCGCUACAAAGGAAACCUGUAGUUUGGAGUCCUCUCGCGCUAAGAGCCAAACAAAAACCAUCAAUAUUGCCAUCUCAACUGCAGUAG